CCUUAAGCACUAUUGUAAACCACUCGCAUAUUGUUUUUCCGGUUCUCUCCUCUGAUCGCAGGCACAAAGAGCAAAAAAAAGGGCAAAGAGGAAGAAACGACAACACCCAAGAAUGAAAUCACCACAUCCACACCUCAGACUUUUCCCAGAACCAAACAGAAGAGUAAGAGACGAGGAAAUUGAGCUGGACCCCCGCCUGACAAACAAUUCAUUCGAUGCAAAGAUGGGAGCCAACGGUGACUGGGGCCAGAAAGCCAACAACGUGCUUAAAUUUACCAAAGGCAAAUCUUUCCGGCAUGAGAAGACCAAGAAGAAGCGUGGCAGUUAUAGAGGCGGUGCAAUCUCCACCUCAGUGAACUCCAUUAAGUUUGACAGCGACUGAGAUUGCAGAUUGCAAACUAAAUGAACCUCUGAACUAUAUCUGUAUCCGUCUUUCGCGUUUGGGGCUAUAUCAGCUCUAAAAAGCACUGUUUUGAGCCGUCUACCCUCUGUUCCUGCACAGCUGACACCGUUCUGCUAUGUGUUGGACACUGACUGAAGGCGGCAGGAAUAGAGGGCUUGGUGAGGUGUAUGGCUGUCAUUUUUCUACACUCUAUCUUUCAUGCAGUUAGACACCGCAUGGUGGCGCCAAGUCAUUGCGUUUAGGUUUUUUUCAUUAGUUUAAAUGUAAAAUAUGGUUUUGGCUUUACUGUAAAAUGUUUCUUAAAGUUGGCUUGACAAAUUAUAUACGGUUGUCCUAACAGGUAAUUUGUUAAUAUAAUAAGAAAAUCACUCCGUCAUUUCUAGUAUGUGUUAAUGAAAUGUCAAUAUGGUUGCGUUAACAUUUUAUGAGCCUGUGUAUCUUGAGCCUGGUGAUUUGUCUUAUUUGAAGAAGAAGCUGUGUUGUUAAUGACUCCGCCCACUUCUGUUUGACAGACACUGGGAGACCACCCUUAAAAUAACACCUGAAUCGUCAUCGUUCGGUUUUAGUUUUAAUAUUUUAUGGUUUCAUAUGUUACGCAGGAUUUUGUAAUUUGGUCUCCUUUAUGAUCAGUCUUAUAACUGUAAUUAAAACAUGGACUGAAACUCAA